UUAUUCUACUCCCCCCCCCCCCCCCCCCUCCCUCCCCGUCUUCCUCUUUAUAGCUGCAUAUAUGAUCUGUACUCCCAGCUAUUGAUUGAUGUGAAAACCAAUAAUUUGCUUCAAGGGAGUUGAGGUCAGAAAGAGAAGAGGGGGUACUUCAGUUGUUUCAUGGGCAAUACAUGCCGUGGAUCAUUUGGAGGCAAAACUUUUCAGGGCUACAACGAGCCUGAAGACCCGUCCAACUCCAAGCACAAACCAUCAUCCGCCUACCCAAAUUCUUCUGAUCACACUUACUCCUCCACCAGCUUUACUUCCCAACACCCCGUUGCUCAAGAAUCCUCUAAGCAAAACCACAAAAGGGACCCCAAUUCGCCACCCCUUAUUAGUCCCAAAAAAGACAGCAUCAUGAAUCGCAGCGCUACAAACCAAGCUUACUUUGUGUUGGGUCACAGGACUCCUAAUAUCCAAGAUCUUUACAAGCUUGGCCGUAAGUUAGGACAAGGCCAGUUCGGCACUACUUAUUUGUGUACUGAGCUCUCCACUGGCGUUGAAUAUGCUUGUAAAUCUAUAUCAAAGAGGAAGUUGAUUUCCAAAGAAGAUGUCGAGGAUGUUAGGAGGGAGAUUCAGAUAAUGCACCAUUUGGCUGGUCACAAGAACAUAGUAACUAUUAAGGGAGCGUACGAGGACCCUUUGUAUGUUCACAUUGUCAUGGAACUUUGUGGUGGAGGUGAAUUGUUCGACCGCAUAAUACAAAGGGGUCACUAUAGUGAGAGAAAGGCAGCUCAACUGACUAAGAUCAUUGUAGGAGUCGUUGAAGCAUGUCAUUCACUUGGGGUAAUGCAUAGAGAUCUGAAACCAGAGAAUUUUUUGUUGGUUAACAAGGACGAUGAUUUCUCUCUGAAAGCUAUUGAUUUUGGACUCUCUGUUUUUUUCAAGCCGGGUCAGAUUUUUACUGAUGUGGUUGGAAGCCCAUACUACGUUGCACCUGAGGUUCUUUUGAAGCAUUACGGCCCAGAAGCAGACGUGUGGACAGCAGGCGUCAUUCUUUAUAUAUUGUUAAGUGGCGUGCCUCCGUUUUGGGCUGGUAAAUUCAUUUAUUAUACAACUGUUGAGAUUCAUCUUGAGGUGCAACAAAUGAUGAUUUCUGGUUAUUGUUCAGAAACUCAACAGGGGAUUUUUGAUGCGGUUUUGAAAGGUCACAUUGAUUUUGAUUCUGACCCAUGGCCACUUAUCUCAGAAAGUGCUAAGGAUCUUAUUCGGAAGAUGUUAUGCAUGCGACCUUCAGAUCGGUUAACUGCUCAUGAAGUAUUAUGUCAUCCUUGGAUAUGUGAAAAUGGUGUUGCGCCUGAUAGAGCCCUGGAUCCGGCUGUACUUUCUCGUCUUAAACAGUUUUCUGCAAUGAAUAAGUUGAAGAAAAUGGCUUUACGGGUAAUAGCUGAAAGCUUGUCAGAAGAGGAGAUAGCAGGCUUAAGAGAGAUGUUUAAGGCCAUGGACACUGAUAAUAGCGGAGCAAUCACAUUUGAUGAACUCAAAGCUGGAUUAAGAAAGUAUGGAUCAACAUUGAAGGAUACAGAAAUACGCGACCUUAUGGAUGCGGCUGAUGUAGACAAUAGUGGAACCAUAGACUAUGGAGAAUUUAUAGCAGCAACUAUUCACCUGAAUAAAUUAGAACGUGAGGAACAUCUUUUGGCAGCAUUUCAAUAUUUUGACAAGGAUGGAAGUGGUUAUAUUACAGUUGAUGAACUUCAACAAGCUUGUGUAGAGCACAGCAUGACAGAUGUUCCUCUUGAAGAUAUAAUCAAAGAAGUUGAUCAAGAUAAUGAUGGAAGAAUUGACUAUGGGGAAUUUGUUGCUAUGAUGACAAAAGGCAAUGCUGGCAUUGGGAGGCGAACAAUGAGAAACAGCUUGAAUAUAAGCAUGAGAGAUGCUCCAGGAGCUUUUUAGUUUUACAUGUUAAGGUCUACCUGGGACAUGGUCCGUAAUGAACCCGACCAUCCGCAACUUCAAUCUUCAAGUGUCAGAUUAAAGCUGUAAUGAACCUCUUGGAUGUAGCUAACUUAUGCGCUGUACAGGAUGGAGGUAGAGGAGGUUCAGCAAUUCGUAGUGUAUGCCUUAGAAUGUUGAGAUACUCACAGCCGUGGUGAUUUAGACAGAGAAGAAUACUUGGUAAAUUUGUGUUGCUGUGCGAUGGGAGAGGUUGUAAACUGUUUGUUUGUGAUGUUGUAUUAUUGGACAGGAUGUUGUCAGUUUUUCAAGUGGAUAGUUAGAGCUUAUGGUGCUGGUCAUCAGCUUUUCAACUUGCAACGAGAAGAUUCAUGUGUCAUGUUGAGUUCCUGCGAAGGUGUUUGUUCAAUGCUUAAGCUGUAUUAGAAUGGAGGAUUUGCAGUUUGUAAGAGACAUUAUUGCAUUCCGAAUGUUUGUUUGCUCUGCAUGUAUGGAAAUCUGAAAGGGUGAAGCUUGUGCUUCCCUGGCAUGCUGCCUACUUGCCUUACCUAUAA